UCGAACUGCGGAUCCGGGGCAGACAGGCGAUCGUCGUCGUCGUCGGCAGGCUGGUCAUUCCUCAGAGCACUACGAGUACAAUAUGGACGCGGUUCUGCGCAAUAAGAACCACCUCGAGCUGCUCCUGCGCGGGGCCAUGGGCCUCUGCGCGCUCACGACCUUUGCCACGAGCACGGUGGUGACAGGCAUCGCCAGCGGUGACUUUGCCUUCCUCCUCUCGUACACGCUGCUGCUCUACACGGCCUUUUACGUCGUCUUUGUGCUGCGCCAGAAGACCAUCUUGCUCGAGCUGCGCACAAAAGGCGCCAUCGACGGCGGCUUUGGGCUCCUCCUCUUCCUCGCCGCGAUCUGGCUCAUUGCGAGCCGGGCGUUCACGUACUGCACCAUCUCGAGCUGCGCCGGCGCGUACGCUUGCGUCGUCUUCCUCUUUGUAGGCGCCUUUAUUCAGGGUGCGUCCGUCUACUUGGUGUACACGCAGCUGUACCGCCGAGACUCGAUUGACACAACCAGCAUUGAGAGCCCCGCCGUGUUGCAGUAGUCUCGUUUAGUUAUUGCACGAGUUCGAACAUUGUUUUGCUUUGUCUCCAAAACAAUAGUUGUCUGUUGGUUUAGUACGGUGCUAUUAACUAAACUUUGCACAGAUUUUACUGUCCAAGGGUUAUUUCGACAUUUGCUUCGACAUCUUCCAUAGGUCUUCUUCCAAG